CAUUCUGCAGUUGCCAAGCAACAAGUGUAAACAGCACAAGAUCAUGGCCACUAACUACAGUGCCAACCAGUAUGAAAAGGCUUUCUCAUCCAAAUAUCUGCAGAACUGGUCUCCCGCUAAGCCGACAAAAGAGUGCAUCUCUUCCCAUGAAGGCUACACUCAAUUUAUUGCCAAUGAUCGUGGUCAUCUACUGCCUUCUGUGCCCCGUUCCAAGGCAAAUCCUUGGGGUUCCUUCAUGGGCACCUGGCAAAUGCCUCUGAAGAUACCCCCUGCUCGGGUGACGCUGACCUCCCGUACAACUGCUGGUGCUGCCUCCCUUACCAAAUGGAUACAGAAAAAUCCUGAUUUACUCAAGGCCUCCAAUGGGCUGCGUCCCGAAAUCUUAGGCAAGUCCCAUGAUCCAGACAGUCAGAAGACACUCAGGAAGAAGUCUAUCACAAAGACUGUACAACAAGCGCCAAGUCCAACCAUAAUUCCACGCUCCCCAGCUGCCAACCUCAAUUCCCCAGAUGAACUCCAAAGCUCACACCCCUCUGCAGGUCAUACUCCAGGUCCCCAAAGCCCAGCAAAAUCCUAAGAGCCCACCUAGAAGUCCACGUAUGCUAGAACUCUGGGCAGGGCCUAAGCUAGCUGAGGUCCAGAAACACAAACCUUAAACUUCAUAAGGACAAGGUAGCCACACACUGAAAAACCUGUAUACUGUAGUGACUGAGUGAAAUAAACAAGAGCCCCCAGGCAGAACUGUAGAACAGGGAAAUUAUGGGGUGGGAGUAAAAGCAAAUUUGGAAAUUAAACAUUUUUUAUUGAAUCUUA